GCAUUUCGAUCAUUCCGCAGAAAUUUCUUUUUCCUAACAUCUGAACCAAAGGAAAAGGAUCUAAUCGGAGUUAUUGAUCAGGGAACUAGUAGUACACGGUUUAUUGUUUUCAAUGCAGCAACUGGUAAAUUGGUAUGCAUGCAUCAGGUUCCAAUCGCUCGGGAACAUCCUCGCUUAGGAUGGGUUCAACAAUCGGCCAGUCAAAUUUAUAAAAGUGUUAUUACAUGCAUGAAUGAUGCUGUCGAUACCCUCAAAGCACGUUGGAUAUCCCCUGAAAGAAUUUCGGCAAUUGCUAUUACUAAUCAACGUGAAACAACGAUAGCUUGGAAUAGCAAAACUGGCAAACCAGUUUGUCCAGCUAUCGUAUGGUCCGAUACUCGCACCUCGGAGUAUAUUCAAGAUUUAAUUAAGAAGUAUAACGAUGACAGAUUUGUUUUUCAAAAAUCUACUGGUCUCCCAAUUGAUAGUUACUUCUCAGCCAUGAAAAUCCACUGGAUGCUUCAUAAUCACGGCGAGGUUAUGGGAACAUACACUCGUGAAAAACUCAUGGUCGGCACUGUUGAUUCAUGGCUUAUUUACAAAUUAACUGGUGGUGGGCAUCUCACUGAUUACACAAAUGCCAGUAGAACAAACCUCUUCAAUAUCAACUCUUUCCAAUUUGACCAAGAUCUUUGCAAAGCCUAUGGAUUUAGCGACUAUAUUCUCCCCAAUGUUAUAACAUCAGCCGAGGUGUAUGGCAAAAUUAAUGAUAGAAACUGUCGCCUCUAUGGUACGCGAUUGGGUGGUGUACUUGGUGAUCAGCAAGCCGCUCUUGUUGGCCAGACAUGGGCGUCCAAUCCAGAACACCAAACGUCAAAGGUCAAGGUAACGUUGGGCACGGGUGCUUUUAUUCUCUGGGAUAUUGGUGAAUCACCUCAGUUUAGUACUCACGGUCUUCUCACAACUAUCGCUCAUAAAAUGGGGCCUGAAGCAAAUACUCAUUAUGCUCUGGAGGGAUCAAUAGCCUCUUCCGGUGCUACAAUGGAUUGGAUUCAAGACAAGUUGGGAUUGUUUCAUGAUCAUGCAUCAGGGGGCAAGUUGGCUGAGGAGGCCCUUAGAAGGCGGGCUGGUCGCGAAGAUGCCUGUUAUCUCGUCCCGGCAUUCUUCGGCCUCCUGUGUCCCUAUUGGAGAGAUGAUGCAAAAAGCGUGCUUGUCGGUUUUGAUGAAGACUGCAACAGGGGAGAUGUAAUAGCCGCUGGAUAUCGCUCCUCUGCCUACCAAACUCAAGCAGUUUUGCAAGCGGCUUGUGAACAUAACGAUGGUGAGAAACGGGCGCCUCCGACGCAGAUAUCGGUUGACGGUGGACUGUCAAAGAGCACUGUUCUGAUGCAAAGUCUGGCGGAUAUCACAGGGGCUACAGUCUAUCGACCGAAUAAUUCGGAGGUGAUUACAGCUCUUGGUGCUGCCAUUGCAUCGGCGAUUUCUGUGGGUAUUGAUCCCUCCAAAUUGAUUGAACUUCGAAAGUACACGACCGACGAGGAGAUAGAGGCAAAUACAUUCAAACCCCGUGUAGAUGAAAAAACCCGACAAAAGUGGAUCCAGGGCUUCGAAAAUGCUGUGAAACUUAGCCUAACUUAA